CGAACCGCGCAGCCAGGCUAAACCGGAUUUUUUUUGGACAAGCACAAGGCGAAGGAUUAGCUGGUGGUGCGGGAGGACGGGAUCCAUCAAAAACAACCAAUUUUCCUGCUACAACUACUGUUGCCACAGCUACUGGUACUGCCGCGAAAGAACCAUCGCCGCCCUCAUCUUCGUCCAUCUCCACGUGGUAUAUUCUUUUGGAAAAAGCUCGCAAGCAAAACGACCCGACAUUCGCUUGGUCGCCCUUUUUCGCAGUUGCGGUCGUGUUGCGCGCGGAAAUCCACUGGGGGAUCUGGCCGGAUUGCUUGACGCGUGCCAUCGAGCUCUUAGAGACGGUGUUUUACUUCGAAGCGCCUGAAGACGAAGACGAAAUGCUGAAAAGUGCUGCAGGUGGAAGUAGUACUAGUAGUGCGAGCGCUUCUAUAGAAACGACUACAGCAUCAACAUCUCCUGUGGAGGUCUCUCACUACGCCAAGCACUACCCAGCCGUGGGCAACCCACAGGGCGCUCCGAUCGUUUGGAAAGAGACGAAGUUCGAUUACGGGUUUCUCGUCCACAGCAUGGCGCGGAUUUCGAAAAUAUCGAACAAAUUUCGUGCCCUGUACGAAAAAGUCUGGAACUUUUCCUACCGGAGGACCUCGGCCCUUCUACUCGAUGUGCGGAAACGGUUGGUGGAGCUGAUGCAAACCAGCAUCCGAUACUGGAACCCGGUGAAAGUCCAGCAAUUUAUUUUGGCGGAAAGAAAUAAAAACCAAAACGUGCAGAGGAGGAGCGAUGGGCAGACUUCUCAUCCAGGUCGUGGCGAAGUACUUCCAGUAGUUUCCUCCCACGAGCCGGCAGAAGACGCGUUCUUGACCCACCAGGCUUUUGGAUUCUUGACCACCAAAGGAAAGACUGAAGAGGAGAAACGAAGAUUAGAGGCAAACACCGGCGACGCAGCCUUUGAGCCCUGGCGGAAAGCAAGGAGGGCGAGAAACGGGGUCAAUCUCGAGUUGAACCAGUGUAGAGGAAUCAAGCCCUUCGCGCCAGCAGCUACGGCAGGGGCAGGGGCAGCACCACCAGUAACAGCAAAUGACAUUGCAGUUAGUAGACCACCACUAUCAACAGCAACUUCCUUCUACACCCGUCCGCUGGUCACCCCGGCCUGCAAGCGGACCCGCACCGAACUCGCGGCAUCGGAGCAGCUAAAUGACGAAAAAGCCCGGCAUAACCUCCUGCGCAGCUGGGAUUUGUGGACCGCCAGUAGCGACUGGCACUUCCUCGGUUCGCCGCUAGCGUCGUUCGCGGAGGAUAACAAAGACGCUGUCUUGGUGCGGGUGUUCGACAACAUCGGCACGACAAACCGCAUUUACGUCGAGAUCGGCGUUGGUAGCGGCCACGAGUGCAACACCAGGUAUUGGCGCACGGUUCGCGGUUGGGACGGGGUCAUUAUCAAGCAAAAAAGUGUUAACGUUAACGGUUAUUUUGUGUCAUGCAUGAGAAAUUUCCGCUAUCAUGCAUGCUAUGCAAUACGAAAUUGGGCGUCAUUUCUCGUGCAUUCCUGAAUGCCAAACUCCGUUAACGUUAUACACUUUUUGGUGUGAUAGUCAUGAUCGACACUUUGUACGACUCCCCAGGGAUCGGUUUGGAGCUGCAUUUGGUCGACGAGUAUGCAUUGCAAAACCAGAAGUAUCGUACUGCGUAUAAUCAUUGCUUUCUCAAGAAGAAAACUGCACUUUGUCCUUGUCGUGCAGAUUCAGGUAGGAAACCAGAUUAGUCAUGCCUGGCUGGAUGCAAAUUUCAUACGAGUGCGAUACUUUUGCAAUGGAUAACAAGCACAACCUCGUGGAGAUUCUGCAGAACGUCGGAACAACGAGACAGUCCACCUCGGGCGCUGCCACGAAAUUGAACGCCGCAACAACCCCAUCAAGCAUUCUCCUUGACGACAGCCAGACCCUCGGUCCCCGCAGUAGCGCGCCUAAAAUCCCCCAGGAAUUCGACCUGCUGUCCAUCGACGUUGACGGGCGGGACUGGCACUUUUUACGGGCGAUUCUCCUCGCCGGCUACCGCCCGCGCGUCAUCAUCGUGGAGCGGUUUAACAAGUUUGGGAUCGAGCAUAUGCAUUGCAAAAGCGUCGUACUAAGUAUAAAUCGCAUGACAAAUCGUUUCUACAGGAAAAAUGAAAGUUGUCAUGCAGAUCGAGGUAAAAGAGUAAAUCUGUCAUGCAAGAGUACCAUUUAUACGAGCACAAUGCUUUUGGAGAGGAUUGAGCAGCGCCGAUACGCGAAAACGGUGGAGAAAAAUCCUGCCCCGAUCUACCAGCGCGGCAUGGCAGCGGCCCUGUGGAUCGACUCGAUGGGAAGCUCCGUGUUGAGUUGCAAAGACUUGGCCAUGGCCUUCGGGUACGAUUUGGUCUAUUGGGGCUCGGUGGACUUGGUGUUCGUCCGUCGCUCGAGUUACAAAGCGACGCCCGCAAUGCUGUUCCAAGGGCAAGAAGAGGUGGCGGAGCUAGAGGCGAAGGAAACGAAAGCCAUGAAGGGCAGCAAUGGCGCAGGAUCCACACACGCUUCUGCUACAGCCACCGUAUCUGGAUCAGCACCCUCCUCGGUACUAUCAUCUACUAGUUCCUCCUUUUGCAACUCGCUCCAACCCAUUUCCGUAGACAACACAAAGCACUGGAUUGAGACGAUCAUCCAAACCAGCUGGAACCGACCUCUCAGCGUGCUGUGGCAAUACGAGCUUGCAGUAGAAAACACGCCAACGCCGGUGUUGUAUAAAAUCACGGGUGGCGCACCAUUGGACACACCCUUCGAGGAGGUGGAGGCCGUAUUGCUGUCUGGAGGAAGCAAAAUUCCGACACAUGUCCCCGGGACAGGUGCAAUUCACACGACCGUGCUGGCGGAGUACGGUAUUUUUAAAAAUGGCACGGAAGGUUCUAGUACAUCAUCUUCACAGGGAACUACAUCUUCCUCCGCAGCAGAAGUGGAUAAGACCUUACAUCAACUCCCCUCAUACCCUCCAGAUGUUCCGCACAGGACUUUCAGUGUCAACGGACAGACGUAUCUCAUCCGGCCGAGGUACUAUUUCGUCAAUGAUUUGAAGACUUUGUGCCUUGCGUAUUUCGACACCGUGCGCGUUUUCCGCCAGCGGCGGCCGGAGAAGCAUACAAAGCGGCCCUGCGACUUUCCCUUCGCGGUGGACGAGAGGAAGCCAGACGCCCCUGCGGACGCAGACCGCCUCUGGCCGGCGGGGACGUUCUUUUCACCCGAGGAGUUGCGAAGUUCCGCGGUCGUUAUUUAA